AUGGCCAGGACCACUGGGGAUCCUGCCAAGCGGCGCAGGUGCCUAGCUCGCAUCAAAUUCUGGCGAAGAUCGCGCGUGGGCAGCGACACCACCUUGGGAACCAUUAAAUACAGAGUCGUCUCGAAGUCUACCAAGCAGUUUAAGCUUUCUUUGAUAAAAGCUUGGCUUCUGCGGUUUCGACAGGAGGAUUAUAAAUACAGUGGAUCUUUUCAGGAAGCCAUUAAGCCCGUACUCAUAAUCGCACAGAUAUUUGCUUUAAUGCCCGUUCGAAAAAUAAGUUCCAAGUUCGCCGAGGAUCUGACCUUCACCUGGUUUAGCAUGCGAACCUAUUACGCCCUGGUGACUAUCCUGUGUUUUGGGAUCAGCUCUGGUUAUAUGGUGGCCUACGUGACGAGUGUGUCGUUUAAUUUCGAUUCAGUGGAGACUCUGGUCUUUUACUUGUCCAUAUUCCUCAUCUCAUUGUCGUUUUUUCAACUGGCCAGAAAGUGGCCAGAAGUGGCUCAGUCAUGGCAGUUGGUGGAGGCCAAGUUACCACCUCUGAAGUUGCCCAGGGAGCGCAGAUCUCUGGGCCAGCACAUCAACAUGAUCACCAUCGUGGCCACCACUUGUUCUCUGGUGGAGCACAUUAUGAGCAUGUUGUCCAUGGGAUACUAUGUCAACUCCUGUCCCCGAUGGCCACAUCGUACCCUAGACAGUUUCCUCUACUUGAACUUCUCCUCGGUCUUCUACUUCGUGGACUACACCCGUUUCCUGGGCAUCGUGGGCAAGGUAAUCAAUGUACUGAGCACUUUCGCCUGGAACUUCAACGACAUCUUUGUGAUGGCUGUUAGCGUAGCUCUGGCUGCUCGUUUUCGCCAGCUUAACGACUACAUGAUGAGGGAGGCUAGAUUGCCCACCACUGUGGACUAUUGGAUGCAGUGCAGGAUUAACUUCCGGAACCUUUGCAAGCUGUGCGAGGAGGUGGACGAUGCCCUAUCCACCAUUACCUUACUCUGCUUCAGCAACAAUCUUUACUUCAUCUGUGGGAAAAUCCUUAAGAGCAUGCAGGCCAAGCCAUCUAUACUGCACGCCCUGUACUUUUGGUUCUCACUGGUAUAUCUACUUGGUCGCACUCUCAUCUUGUCCCUGUAUAGUUCCAGUAUAAAUGAUGAGUCCAAGCGACCUCUAGUCAUCUUCCGCUUGGUACCCCGGGAAUAUUGGUGCGAUGAGCUAAAGCGCUUUUCGGAGGAGGUCCAAAUGGACAAUGUGGCUCUGACAGGCAUGAAGUUCUUUCGUCUGACACGCGGCGUUGUCAUUUCGGUGGCCGGCACAAUUGUGACCUACGAACUCAUUUUGCUGCAGUUCAAUGGCGAGGAAAAGGUGGCCGGCUGUUUCGAAAGCUGAAUUUCGUGGGAGUGGCAGGGGG